CCGGAGUGAGAAGUAGUGACAAGCUGUCCGGUUCUGAAGGUGUGAUGGAAAAAAAGAAGAACGUCCUCUAUAAUGCUCUGUAGCCUCUACUGAAGUCGCGUUCAUUUUAAUUUUGAUUUUAUUUUCACAAAACCUGGGAAUAUUUGUUUGUCAAGGUCUCGAAAGAAAGCGUGGUUUCGGUGGACUGACUUUUUAAAGCAGGAAUGGCCACUGCAAGGCUUGAUUACGUUGCCCCGUGGUGGACAUACUGGCUGCACAAUUUUCCCCACUUUAAUUUCUUUUUCCAGUCGGUCGACAACACUUUCAAGCCGGAGGAGGCGAGCUAUCAGCAGUCUCUGAUAUUUCUAGCAUGUGUUGGCGCAGUGGGUGUGGGUCUGAGCCUGCUGGUUGUGGCAGUAUGCCUGGUCUGCAUGUGUUGCUGCCGCAGAGACGUAGAUGAAGACACCAAAAGGCCUAAUACCUGCUGUCUCACCUGGUCUACCGUCAUCACAGGUCUCAUCAUAUGUUCUGCCGUGGGAGUGGGUUUCUAUGGUAACAGUGAGACCAACGAUGGGGUGUACCAGCUGACCUACUCGCUCUACAAUGCCAAUCACACAUUGGGUGGCAUCAACAAUCUGGUUUCAGGAUCUCUGGGUAACAUUCAAACUGGACUAAAACAGCACCUGGAACGCCUGGAUGAAAUCUUUGCCACGAGGUCGGACUACCUCCAAGCUCUUCGCUUCAUGCAGCUGAUGCUCAACAACGUCAUCCGUGAGAUGACUACUCUGCCGGAUAUAAACAAAGCCAAUGUUGACCUGGCAGCCAUCGCUGACCAAACAGCCUUCAUUGAGUAUUACAGGUGGCUGACCUAUCUGCUGCUGCUGAUCCUGGACCUGGUCAUCUGCUUGGCCAUGUGCUUGGGGAUGGCCAAGCAGUCUCGAUGGCUGCUGAUCACGAUCACGGCUUUUGUAGUGCUGUCUAUGAUCCUAAGCUGGGCCUCACUGGGAGCAGGCACUGCUACAGCUGUGGGCACCAGUGACUUUUGUGUGUCUCCACACAAAUAUAUUGUUAACCAAACCAAGGAUUUCCUCAGUGCAGAUGUUGCACACUAUUAUUUGUUCUGCAGCCCGAAUCUACCAAACCCUUUCCAACAGUCUCUGACAAUCUGCCAGCGUUCUCUGACCACCAUGCAAAUCCAGAUCCAGGGCUUGCUGCAGUUUUCGGUGCCCAUUUUCCCAACUGCUGAGAGAGACCUUUUGGGGAUCCAAAGACUGCUAAACUCUACAGAGUUCAGUCUACACCAGCUAACAGCCUUGCUCGAUUGUCGCGGGCUACAUAAGGACUACUUGGAUGCCCUAAUGGGUGUGUGCUAUGAUGGGGUGGAAGGGCUCCUCUACCUCUCUUUGUUUUCUCUGCUGGCUGCCUGUGCACUCUCUGCCAUGCUGUGCGCGAUUUUCAGAGUGUGGACACUAAUGUGCAGCAGGGAUAAAGAGUAUGACGACAUAGACGAGGAGGACCCAUUCAACCCCCAAGCACGGCGGAUGUCCUACAACCCCAGAAGGUCCAACAUCCACAGUUUUUGUAGUUACACCAGCAGCAUCGGUAGCCAGGCCAGCCUUCAUCCACCUCCACAAUCUGCCUCUAAUGUCAUGCCACCUCCUGAAUACAUGAAUCAGUCCAUGCUGUUUGGAGGGAGUCCUCGAUAUGAGAAUGUGCCACUGAUAGGGAGAGGAUCCCCACCUCCCUCGUACUCGCCCAGUAUGAGGACCACCUAUCUAUCUAUGACUGAUGCCCAGAUCAGACACUUUGGGACUGACUUCCAGGUGUAGCCUGCUACCUACUGAAUCCUUUUUGGUGAGCCGAUGUCUGAGACUCUGGGUUCCUACCGAGGAGGCUGUCUUCAUGGCGUAAUCCUGUUUACUGGAGCUGCAGCCUGCCGUCCCAAUCUGAGACAUGAAAGCAGGCCAUAUGAGGCGAAUACCUCAGAAACACACCAGUGCAGUGCUCUGAAAGUCCUGCAUGCAGUUUUGAACUGAGACGGCCUGUUUAAGUUAAUCUCAAGACUGUUGCUGAUGUUAUUAUGAUGUUUGGAAACACUGUUGCUCCAAUACAAGCAUUUCUUUGAGCCAAACCAAGAGCCUCUGAGCUGAUUGGAUCAAAAAUGUUUUUUGCCUUUAUUGUAGUCCGAUGGCCUGCAUGGAUAUGAUCAUCAAUACGGACAGUGUUUUGAUGUGAAAUGGGAUGGCUGAAUAUGACCCAUAGAGCUUCCUUUAAAACAUUUAGAUUUUUGCAAAUUACCUACAAUUUGAAGACUAUUUUAUUCCUUAAUUUUUUUGGCCUUUUUGUAAUUUUUAAUGUGGGUACAGUAUGUGAAAUAAAACACCAUUAUUUCAACCUGUCUAAACAAUAAGAGAAAAUGAAAACCAUUCUAAAUAUUUGGGUUUUGUUGUGAAUUCCCCCUGGACUAAAUAAGCACAACAGAAUGGGAUUUGAUUCGUUUCCAGGCCUGUAUCACUGUGCUGUUACACAGCUUGUGAAACAUGAACUGAAUUUGUAGAAAUUUAAACUUUGUUCUCAGAGCCAUACCCUCAGUACCUUGUGAAUAAGAAAUUGUUCUCUUCAGUGUUUGAGAAAUCUGUAUGCCAUUUUCUGUGUUGAAUAAUAUAUCAAACUAAACUAAUAUUUGACCAUAAAUGCUGUAUUGUAAUGUGUCUCCACUCCAUAAAACAUCUUACAAAGAAUU